AAUGAGGACAUGAGAGGCGGAAGUAAAAUAUUUCGCGCCAAAGCUUGAGUCGUCGAGUUUGUUAUAACAAAAAAUAAAAGAUGGACGUCGCUCGCAAAAUUAAAUCGAAAGUUUCCGCUGACUUCAAGAUGCGUGGACUUAUCCUUCGACCUGAGGCCACCAAAUACCUGGUGGAGGUCCUCCAGUCAGUCAACCCCUCAGAGCUGGAUGAUGUCAUUGAAAGGGUGAUGGAUGCAGUGGAGAAGCAGCCAUUGUCUUCCAGCAUGAUCGAGUUGUCCGUAGUGGAAAAUGCUGUGCAGGACUGCUCUCAAUCCUCUGAUGAAGCCAUAAAUAACGUCUUCAACAUCAUCGGAGCCUUCGACGUGCCCAGAUACAUUUACAAUGCGGAGCGCAAGAAGUUUGUGCCCAUCAGUAUGACCAGCCAUCCGGCUCCAAGCCUGUGCGGCACCGCCAGAGACAAAGCAGAGAUCUUUAGGGAGCGCUACACAAUCUUACAGCAGCGUACACGUCGACAUGAGCUAUUCACCCCGCCUGCCAUAGGAGCUGCUGUAGUGGAGAAUCAAAACAAAUUUCAGCUGAAGACAAUUGAAGCUUUGCUGGGCAACACGGCCAAAAUGGGAGGGGUGAUCGUACUGGGGAUGAUCACACAACUUAAAGAGGGGAAAUACCACUUGGAGGAUCCGACAGGAACAGUGGAGCUCAAUAUAUCUAAGGCACAGUUUCAUAACGGCCUUUACACAGAAUCCAGUUUUGUUCUGGCUGAGGGUUGGUACGAGGACUCUGUGUUCCACGUUAAUGGCUUCGGUACGCCACCAAUAGAGCCUUCAUCCGCCACAAGGGCGUACUUCGGCAACGUUAAUUUCUUCGGCGGGCCGUCCGCCACGUCUGUGAAGGCGUCGGCCAAGCUGAAGCAGCUGGAGGAGGAGAACGAGGACGCCAUGUUUGUUAUCGUCUCGGAUGUGUGGUUGGACAGCGUGGAAGUGAUGGAGAAGCUCAACCUCAUGUUCUCAGGCUAUGCUGCGAUGCCUCCCACUUGUUUCAUCUUCUUUGGAAAUUUCUCUUCAGCCCCUUAUGGAAGAACUCAAAUCAAAUCCCUGAAAGAGUCGCUGAAGCUAUUGGCGGAUAGCAUAUGUGCACAUCCCACCAUCCACAACAGUAGUCGAUUUGUGUUCGUUCCCGGCCCUGAAGACCCUGGUCCAGGUACCAUCCUACCACGACCUCCACUGGCUGAUCACAUCACUGAGGAGUUCAGACAGAGGGUUCCUUUCUCCGUCUUCACCACCAACCCAUGCAGGAUCCAGUACUGCAGCCAGGAGAUCGUCGUCAUCAGAGAGGACCUGGUCAACAAGAUGUGCAGGAACUGCGUGGGCUUGCCCAACAGUAAUCUUGACAUUCCAAACCACUUUGUUAGGACCAUCCUGUCCCAGGCCCACCUGACCCCGCUGCCCCUCUACGUCAGUCCUGUGUUUUGGGCGUACGACUACACCUUACGAGUCUACCCGGUCCCUGAUGUUGUGGUCUUUGCAGACAAGUACGACCCUUUCAGCAUCAACCACGUGGACUGCCUGUGUGUCAAUCCAGGCUCUUUCCCAAAAAGUGGUUUUACAUUUAAGGUGUACUACCCAUCCAACAGAACAGUUGAGGACAGCAAACUUCAAGGACUCUAAAGAGACAAGGACAAUGUUUUCUUUUCAUUGGAUGCAACAUUUAAAAUAGUGCUCUGUAAUGAAUAAAAAUAUAUAUUUAUUUUACUUCCUGUAUUUAGGAUCAGCUUUGGCCCAAUUAGCCACCAUGUGUUAAAGAAAUAUUUUAAAUCUUUAUACUUCCACAAUUUUUUCACAAAAUUAUUUGCUAAAUAUAAACUUAAAGUAAAAGCAAGAUAAGGUGGCGAGAAGUGCAAAACACUUUAACAAAAAGUAAAACAAAUUACAAUUGCACCAGCUUUUGGAUGUUUGGGGAGUUGGUACGUUCCUUUUCCAGUAAAUGUUGGGGCACAUCAAAACACUAUGACACCACCUGGAAGGGGAUUGUACCCAUGUUAUGCCCUCAUUAAAAUGUUUAGUGGACCCCUGUAGUACAUCUGUUCUUUCUUGUAUGUGCCACAAAACGGGCAAAUCAUGAUGCCAACACCCUCCACAACUCCUAUUGUUACCACUUCCUGUCUGAUUUCUGUAGUACAAUCCCCUCCUAGGUGGUGGAAUUCUCACUUGUUUUACGUUUGGUUGUUAAUGUUUUGCACUUCUUGGCCACCAACAUUAAUGGAAAAAGGAACGCACCGCAAACUCGGCGCGGACUGGUCCAAACGUUAUCACUUCCUGUAACUCUGGACUUUGGCACAUUGACCUUCCGAGUGGUGGAAUUGUAAUUUGUUUUGCUUUUUGUUAGUGUUUUGAACUUCUAAGCCACCACCGUGAUGUCUAUUUAUGAGGUCCACAGCACACAAAAUGAUCCUUUUACAGCAGGACAUA